AGCAGUAGUAGUAGUAGUAGUAGUAGUAGUAGUAGUAGUAGUAGUAGCAGUAGUAGUAGCAGUAGUAGUAGUAGCAGUAGUAGUAGUAGUAGUAGUAGUAGUAGUAGUAGUAGCAGUAGCAGUAGUAGUAGUAGUAGUAGUAGUAGUAGUAGUAGCAGUAGUAGUAGUAGCAGUAGUAGUAGUAGUAGUAGUAGUAGUAGUAGUAGUAGUAGUAGCAGU